AUGCCAUUCAUUAUAGUGACAACUGUAUCAACAUCUGUUGAUACAAGCUCACCAAGUUCUUCGUCUGAUGGAAUUUUACGCUUGACAAUAAAGAAUUUUAAAUCAAUGACUGAUACCGUGCGUGGAGAGAGUAAAGAAAUUCAGUCAAUUCCGUGGCGGAUAAUGGUGAUGCCAAGGCAACAUGUUGUACAGAAAAAGGGGACUCAGAAAUGUUUAGGAUUUUUUCUUCAGUGUUGUCCGAAUGCAUAUUCCGACUCUUGGUCUUGCCAAGCUGCUGCGGAAUUGCGAUUGAUUUCGCAGAAAGCGAGUGUGCCGCAUUUUACAAGAAAGACGAAUCAUGUCUAUACUGCCAAAGAGAACGAUUGGGGAUAUUCUUGUUUUAUGACUUGGGCGGAUAUUCAAGAUGAAGAGCAAGGAUAUAUUAAGGAUGAUACAGUUAUUUUAGAAGUUUCAGUUAAAGCGGAACCAGCCAAAAAUGUUUUGACCCAAGAGCAAUUUCGGAAAAAAAUCCAGGAUUAUAAGCGGUUAGCCGAUAUACAGAGUAGUCGAGGUUAUCUUGAUAAGGCUAUUGAAUGCAAUGCAAGUGCACUUAAAUUCUGUCGAGAUCGAGAUAAGGCUUGUAGGGAAGAGCUGGAAAUUCAGAAACAGCAACUUAUUGAUCUGAAAUUGAAGCAGAGCAUUGAGCGAAUUGAAAAAGGUAGAUUAAUUUACAAUUUGUUGUUUCAAAUUACUGCAGCUUUCCAGUGUUAUUUUUUUAUUUCGAUUCUUUUAUAUAUUUUAGAAAUAAAAAAUUAUAGGCUGCAAACACCACCGCCACCUGCAAAACCAACUGUUGAGAAGAGAAAUUUUAUCGAAAAGAUUGGGACAGAAACACAUUUAGACGAUUUAAAAAUUGAGAAGGAAAUACCCAUGCCUGGUAUUACUGCGGCUACUUGCAAAGAUGUUUGCAAAAAUCCUAAAGGACAGCGCAAAUCAGGUUCUUUAAAUUUUCAAAAACAAUUAAAUCAAGACAAUUUCGAUUUUUCUAAAAUAAUUUUUAUUGUGGUCGUGACGCUAUUAGAUAUGGAUUAA